UUUUUACUGGCGGAUAUCUCUCCCACCUACUUCGCACCUCUCUCCGAUCUUCAUAAACAUCCUCCCUUCCAAUCUUAAAGCACAAUCCCCCCCUCUCCCUAAAUCUAUCAUAUCAUGGGUUCCCAAUCCAAUGGGUCGUCGGCCAAGCCAUACAAGUUCUUGAUCUACGGCAAAACCGGUUGGAUCGGAGGUUUAUUGGGUAAGCUCUGUCAAUCUCAAGGUAUUCAGUAUUCAUAUGGCUCCGGCCGUCUCGAGUUACGGGACACGCUUAUAGCCGACAUUAACGCUAUCAAUCCCACCCAUGUUUUUAACGCCGCCGGUGUCACUGGAAGACCCAACGUUGAUUGGUGCGAAUCCCAUAAGGUGGAGACUAUCCGUGCUAAUGUCGUCGGAACCCUAACACUUGCUGACGUCUGCCGUGAAAAAGGGUUGAUUUUGAUCAACUAUGCUACAGGUUGUAUAUUUGAGUAUGAUUCCAAUCAUCCACUCGGGUCGGGUAAAGGGUUUAAGGAAGAGGAUAGUCCGAAUUUUGUUGGAUCGUUUUACUCCAAGACCAAAGCUAUGGUGGAAGAAUUGCUCAAGAACUACGAAAAUGUAUGCACAUUACGUGUUAGAAUGCCCAUUUCUUCCGAUCUAACAAACCCACGAAACUUUAUAACCAAAAUCACCCGUUAUGAGAAAGUGGUCGAUAUCCCAAACUCCAUGACCGUUCUUGAUGAACUCCUCCCAAUCUCCAUAGAAAUGGCAAAAAGGAAUCUCACCGGAAUCUACAACUUCACGAACCCCGGAUGCAUUAGCCACAACCAAAUCUUGGAGAUGUAUCGUGAAUACAUCAAUCCAAAGUUUACAUGGAAGAACUUCAAUCUCGAGGAGCAGGCUAAAGUGAUCGUUGCUCCAAGAAGCAACAACGAGCUUGACACCACAAAGUUGAAGACCGAGUUCCCGGAGCUUUUGUCAAUUAAAGAUUCGCUCAUAAAGUACGUGUUCGAGCCAAACCGUAAGACCCCUGUGGCAGCUUGAACAGCCUUAGAGGUUUGAUGUGUUGUAUUCAUCAUUAUUGUUGUUAUGAUGAGUUUACUUUCUUUGUUUUGCUAUAUGGUAUGCAAGAUUGUUGUAUUUUGUGUAUUAUUAGUGUUGUAUAAUUUGGAUUGAUUUCAUUAAGAACUAGUUGUGUACCCGCACAAUGCGGCGGGAGCCAUGAAUUU